CCCCCAGGCCUCAGGAGCACAGGCGGUGGGCGGCAGAGCUCGGUCCUGGCAGCACUGGGCCCCUCUUCCUGCUCAUGAGAGCGGCUCCUUACAGCGUCGGCUCAUCCUUGUGGAGCAAAGGCCGGCCAGGUCAGGCCAGACGAGCCAGGGCAGCGGUGGAAGCAGGUGCCUGGGGACUGUGUCAUGUGGACCAGCUGGUGGCUCUGGCCCUUGGUGGCCAUCUGUACUGCAGACCAGUUCCGGGACCAGGCAGAAAGAAUCAUGCAGGGUACACCUGUCAUUGACGGGCACAACGACCUGCCCUGGCAGCUGCUGAAGAUGUUCAACAACCAGCUUCGGGAUGAGCGGGCCAACCUGACCACGCUGGCCUCCACGCACACCAACAUCCCCAAGCUGAAGGCUGGUUUUGUUGGGGGCCAGUUCUGGUCCGCAUACGUACCCUGCGACACCCAGAACAAGGAUGCUGUGCGGAGGACACUGGAGCAGAUAGAUGUCGUCCACCGCAUGUGUCAGAUGUACCCCGAGACCUUUGUGUGUGUCACCAACAGCACAGGCAUCCGCCAGGCCUUCCAGGAAGGAAGGGUGGCCAGCCUGGUGGGCGUGGAGGGCGGCCACUCCAUCGACAGCAGCCUCGCUGUCCUGCGGGCACUCUACCACCUGGGCAUGCGGUACCUCACCCUCACUCACAGCUGCAACACACCCUGGGCCGACAACUGGCUGGUGGACACGGGGGAAGACAAGGCCCAGAGCCAAGGCCUGUCGCUCUUUGGGCAGACUGUGCUGAAGGAGAUGAACCGGCUAGGCGUCAUGAUCGACUUGGCCCACGUGUCUGUGGCCACCAUGAAGGCCGCUCUAGAGCUCUCCAAGGCCCCCGUCAUCUUCAGCCACUCCUCAGCCUACAGUCUGUGUGCGCACAGGCGCAACGUGCCCGACGACGUGCUUCAGUUGGUGAAGCAGACAGGCAGCCUGGUGAUGGUCAACUUCUACAACGACUACGUUGCCUGCCAAAGGGAGGCCAACCUGUCCCAAGUAGCAGACCACCUGGACUACAUCAAGAACGUGGCGGGAGCUGAGGCCGUGGGCUUUGGUGGGGACUAUGAUGGUGUUUCAAGGGUUCCCUCAGGGUUGGAGGACGUGUCCAAGUACCCAGACCUGGUCGCCGAGCUGCUCAGGAGACAGUGGACGGAGGCAGAGAUCAGGGGCGCCCUGGCUGACAACCUGCUGAGGGUCUUCGAGGCAGUGGAGGAGGCGAGCGACCAUAUGCAGACUCCAGAGGAAGAGCCCAUCCCACUGGACAAGCUGGAGCCUUCCUGCAGGACCAAGUAUGGGUACUCACAGGCCCCCAGCCUCCACCGCCAGCUGGGGGCCCUGCUGGCCUCCCUCGCCCUGCUCCCCCUCGGCCUGUGUCUUCUAUGAGCCACGGGCACCAGGACCCUCGGGCUCCUGCGGCUUGAGGAAGACUGGUUGUCAGAGCGGCCGAGGCUCUAGGAACGCGGCUCCUGGCGCACAAAGACGGGGCUCCCAGGGGGGCUGCCUGCUGUGGGCCCACUCAGGACACGGGCACACAGUGGACCUCAAUAAAGGCAAUGACCCCUUGGA